CCGGAAGCCCGCCAUAGAGUUUAGUGGCCAGAGCGACUCUUCGGGGAGGUGGCAGGAAAGGCUUGGAACAGCUGCCGGAGGUGACGGAGCGGCGGCCCCGCCCGGUGCUCUGGAGGUCGAAGCUUCCAGGUAGCGGCCCGCAGAGCCUGACCCAGGGUACGACGAAGCAGUCGGCGGGAGCCCACGGUCUCUGGGCGGUGUCUUUAAGGGAGGGGGCGGAGCCACGUCUCUGGACAUCCUGAGCCCAAGUCCCCCAGCUCAGUGCAGUCAUGAGUGCGGAAGUGAAGGUGACAGGGCAGAACCAGGAGCAAUUUCUGCUCCUGGCCAAGUCGGCCAAGGGGGCAGCGCUGGCCACACUCAUCCAUCAGGUGCUGGAGGCCCCUGGCGUCUACGUGUUUGGAGAACUGCUGGACAUGCCCAAUGUUAGAGAGCUGGCUGAGAGUGACUUUGCCUCCACCUUCCGGCUGCUCACAGUGUUUGCUUAUGGGACAUACGCUGACUACUUAGCUGAAGCCCGGAAUCUUCCUCCGCUAACAGAGGCUCAGAAGAAUAAGCUUCGACACCUCUCAGUUGUCACCCUGGCUGCUAAAGUAAAGUGUAUCCCAUAUGCAGUGCUGCUGGAGGCUCUUGCCCUGCGUAAUGUGCGGCAGCUGGAAGACCUUGUGAUUGAGGCUGUGUAUGCUGACGUGCUUCGUGGCUCCCUGGACCAGCGCAACCAGCGGCUCGAGGUUGACUACAGCAUCGGGCGGGACAUCCAGCGCCAGGACCUCAGUGCCAUCGCCCGAACCCUGCAGGAAUGGUGCGUGGGCUGUGAGGUUGUGCUGUCGGGCAUUGAGGAGCAGGUGAGCCGUGCCAACCAACACAAGGAGCAGCAGCUGGGCCUGAAGCAGCAGAUUGAGAGUGAGGUUGCCAACCUUAAAAAAACCAUUAAAGUUACGACGGCGGCAGCAGCCGCAGCCACAUCUCAGGACCCUGAGCAACACCUGACUGAGCUGAGGGAACCAGCUCCUGGCACCAACCAGCGCCAGCCCAGCAAGAAAGCCUCAAAGGGCAAGGGGCUCCGAGGGAGCGCCAAGAUUUGGUCCAAGUCGAAUUGAAAGGACUGUCGUUUCCUCCCUGGGGAUGUGGGGUCCCAGCUGCCUGCCUGCCUCUUAGGAGUCCUCAGAGAGCCUUCCUGUGCCCCUGGCCAGCUGAUAAUCCUAGGUUCAUAACCCUUCACCUCCCCUAACCCCAAACAUAGAUCACACCUUCUCUAGGGAGAAGGCAAAUGUAGGUCAUGUUUUUGUUGGUACUUUUUGUUUUUUGUGACUUCAUGUGUUCCAUUGCUCCCCAUUGCCAUGCUCUCUCCCUCGCUUCCUUAAGAGCUCAGCAUCUGUCCCUGUUCAUUACAUGUCAUUGAGUAGGUGGGUAGCCCUGAUGGGGGUUGCUCUGUCUCGAGCAUAACCCACAGGCGUUUUUUCUACCACCCCAUCCCUGCAUGCCUGAUCCCCAAUUCCUAUACCCUACCCCUGACCUAUUGAGCAGCCUCCGAAGAGCCAUAGGGCCCCCACCUUUACUCAUACCCUGAGAAUUCUGGGAGCCAGUUUGCCAUGCCAGGAGUCACUGGACAUGUUCAUCCUAGAAUCCUGUCACACUACAGUCAUUUCUUUUCCUCUCUCUGGCCCUUGGGUCCUGGGAAUGCUGCUGCUUCAACCCCAGAGCCUAAGAAUGGCAGCCAUUUCUUAACAUGUGGAGACAUGGCUCUUUCUUGGCCCUGGCCAUCUCGGGAAGCUUGAUGGCAAUCCUGGAAGGGUUUAAUCUCCUUUUGUGAGUUUGGUGGGAAAGGGAAGGGUAUAUAGAUUGUAUUAAAAAAAAAAAAGGUAUAUAUGCAUAUAUAUAUAACAUGACACAGAAAUAAAUCUAUGAGAAGUCUAUCUACAAACUACCCUG